AUGUCUUCUCUCACCAUCAGAAUUGCUCUCAAAUUUGUCCCAAAAUCGCUCACAAUGAGCCGCCCGUACCAGACCGCCACCGCCUCGAUGAGGGCCAUGUCUACGAGCUCCAUGCAUGAAAACGACCCCGAGGUCCUUGAACGAGAAAAGCGGCGCAACCUGAGCCGCGUCGGAUACCAGACCUCCGCUCCAGUUGACGAUGCACCAGGCUGGAACGAACUCCUCGCCACCAAUGCUGAGGCCUCCAUCAAAGCCGACCGCACCCCUAACGAUGCCAGCGUAGCCGACCUCGUCCGGCGAACCGUUGCACAUAUGAAAGCGAAGAACUCGCCCGAGGAGCGUUUCGAGGGUAGCGAGGCCACGUACGAUCGCGACGAGAUCUCUGGGCCGCUGCGCGGCGCGGGUCGGGGCGUCAGCUCUAUCGAGACGGAUGGAUAUGAAGAGGAGAUGGAAAAAGUCGAUGGCGAGUGGCAUCGGAGCACCGUCAAGAAACACACGGAAGUGGUCAUGGAUCCCAAAGAAGCGGUGAAAGGCGAGGUUUGA